GACGGCUGACAACAGAAGUGUGCGUGAAGAAUAGUUUUUGCGGCUGUGAAAUUUGUAUGAAGCGAUUCGCAGUUUUUAUAUGGGAAAUAUAAACAAAAAGUGAGGAAAAGUGCGUGAAACUCGUGGCCGAGUGCGUGGUGCAGGCCGUGCAAGUGGAAUAACUGGGAAAACUGAAUCUCCAAUUAGACGCAGAUAUUAUAGAGAAGCAGAACGACAAGGAAAAUAUACAAUGAGGAUUAACCCUUUCACAACACUGUGGUGUCAAUUGGAGGAGUGAGAGAGUCUCAAAACCACCGGCAAAUGAUAAUUGUGGUGAUUGCAGAGAAACAACAACCACAGCGAGUGAAUAUUCACAAUAGAUAGAGAUUAUUGCAACGCGGAAGAUUCAAUUGGCGACUGAAUAAUUUAUGUGAGAAGGGAUAAACAACAGCUGGACACAGGGUGAAAAGAGAGAGAGAGAAAAAAGGAUAAUUUAUCAAUCAAUGGCGGGCAAUUUGAAGCAUGGAAAGUCUCAGGAGGACGUUUGCUACGUCGUGGCGAAGUAUGAUUAUGCGGCGCAGGGCGCUCAAGAGUUGGAUUUGAGGAAGAAUGAGCGAUAUAUGCUGUUGGAUGACUCAAAACAUUGGUGGCGUGUCCAGAACAGUCGCAAUCAAUCCGGAUAUGUGCCCAGUAAUUAUGUGAAGAAGGAGAAACCGUCAUUAUUUGAUAGCAUUAAGAAGAAAGUGAAGAAGGGCUCCGGCUCCAAGACCCUCCCCAAUUGUUCGCCAUCGCGACAGACAGACAGCCCGACGAUGGCGCGUCGAUUGCCAGUGGAUCCGUCUGAGGCCAUCGGAACGGCCAUUGUGAAAUACAAUUAUCAGAAAGUGCAGAAUGAUGAGUUGUCAUUGACGAAGGGCACACGAAUCCUCAUCCUUGAGAAGUCCAAUGAUGGCUGGUGGCGAGGACAGAGUGGCAACUGUGUGGGAUGGUUUCCCAGCAAUUACACCACAGAGGAGAUUGAUAACAACGAUGACACAUUGCACACUUAUGCCAUGGCGGAAAAUGUUCUUGACAUUGUGGUUGCUCUCUACUCUUUCAAAUCCAACAAUGACCAGGAAUUGUCCUUCGAGAAGGGUGACAGACUCGAAAUUAUUGAUAGACCUGUUUCAGAUCCAGAAUGGUACAAGGCCAGGAACAAUGCUGGUCAGAUUGGUCUGGUGCCGCGCAACUAUCUGCAGGAGCUGACGGAGUACUUGUCGGGACCUUUCCGUGGCGGACAAGUGGGUGGCGUGGGAUCUGACAAUGGAUCCGUGGAUCGGCGCAAGGAUCAGGGCCCGGGUGUGGGACAGCAGCCGCUGGAGCGCCCCAAUUUGGCGGGCAAGAGUUGGUAUUAUGGGGCCAUAACGCGCAAUCAGUGUGAUACUGUGUUGAAUCAACACGGACACGAUGGCGAUUUCCUCAUUCGCGACAGUGAGACAAAUAUGGGAGACUAUUCAGUGAGCCUUAAAGCCCCGGGACGCAACAAGCACUUUCGCGUGCACGUGGAGGGGAAUAUGUAUUGCAUUGGCCAGCGCAAGUUCCACAAUUUGGAUCAGUUAGUCGAUCACUACCAAAGAGCACCCAUUUAUACUAAUAAGCAAGGUGAGAAAUUGUAUCUAGUGCGACCACUUCCGAAGGCGAAUGGCACAUAAGCGUAGAUUUAUUGAUUAUUUUUUUUACAAUUAUACACAAUAUAAUUAACUUAAUUUAUAUUAAUGAAUGAAGAUUGAUGGAGAGUAAAUUAAUAAUAUUUGCUAAUUUAGUGAAGGGGAAGUAAGAAGAUGAUGAAGGAGAACAUUUUUCGUAUUAAAAAAAAGAAAUAUUAACACAAGAUACAAAAAAUACACAUAGAAAAACACACACAAACACAAAAAAUCAACUACUAGAUUAAAACAUAAAUUGAAAACAUUAGGAUUUUUCAUACAAUGAGAGAAUCUAAACUGAUAUUGAAAAGGGGGGCGGAAGAGGGAGAGAUUUUUCUUUCUUGAUUAACAACGUCGAUGGAGGGAGAAGAAGAGAGUCUUCAAUUCAAUUGAAGAAGAGAAGAGAAGAGAAAAAAGGCACACAGUUGAGGAGAAGAAAUGAAGAAUGGCGUUUGGAAGGGAAAAACAGAAUAAAUAUAUAUUUCGCAUAAUUCCAUUCACAUCAAUAGUUAAUUAUUGUAUUAUAUUUUUAUUAUUAUUAUUAGCCUUUUAAAGGGCGGAGAGUUAAUAAUAAAACAAUGAGCGCAGGUAAUCAAAUAGCACUUCUAAUCAUAAUAAUAAUUAUUUAAACCAUUUUUUCACAAGAUUUUAUGUCAUCGGAAAUCUUCAGACAUUCAGACUGCUUGCAAUUCCAUAUAAAAAUGAUUCUCUUGCCAUUCAUUAUUUUCCCUGGCACUUGAUGUGUGUGCUCUCAUGGUUUUUUUUUCUUGAAGUGAAUUGGAGAGUACAAGAAAUAUAUAUAAAUAUAGGAUAAUCGUAUGAGUGUAGAAUUUAAAGAAGAAGGAAAAAAAAACGAGCAUGAUAGCGAGGAAUGAUGAGAAGUUUAUACAUAAUUUUACGUAAAAAGACAUUUUUUAUAUAAAAAAAAAAGAUAUUUACACACGCGUAAAGUAAUAACAAUUUAAUGAGAGGCGAUAUAAGAUAUGUUUAAUGAUGAAAAAAACUAAAUUUUAUCAACCAACAACAACAUAUUAAUCGGUGUGAGAAGGCAUCAAAGAAAGAGA